GAUGCUUUUUCGUAGUUGUUUCCGUUUGCCGUUUGUCUGAGAUUGGUUCGACAACAAGUUUUUCUAUUGUGUUCCUUGAAAAAUCUUCUAUUACUGAAAAACUUAACCGAAACAUGACCGAUAUAAGUGAUUUGGAUAGACAAAUUGAACAGCUGAAAAGAUGCGAAAUCAUCAAAGAAUCAGAAGUCAAGGCUCUUUGUGCAAAGGCCAGGGAAAUUCUUGUCGAAGAAAGCAAUGUGCAAAGGGUGGAUUCACCAGUUACAGUUUGCGGUGACAUCCACGGUCAAUUCUACGAUUUGAAAGAACUAUUCAAAGUCGGCGGAGAUGUACCAGAAACCAACUACCUCUUCAUGGGAGAUUUCGUUGACAGAGGCUUCUAUAGUGUGGAGACCUUUUUAUUAUUAUUAGCCCUCAAAGUGCGAUAUCCAGACCGUAUUACAUUAAUCAGAGGAAACCACGAGUCAAGACAGAUCACGCAAGUAUAUGGGUUCUACGACGAAUGCCUGAGAAAAUAUGGUUCCAUAACUGUGUGGAGAUAUUGUACUGAAAUUUUCGAUUACUUGUCCUUGUCUGCUAUUAUCGAUGGAAAAAUAUUUUGUGUUCACGGUGGGCUUUCGCCAUCUAUUCAGACUUUGGAUCAAAUUAGAGUUAUAGAUAGGAAACAAGAAGUACCUCAUGACGGUCCUAUGUGUGAUCUCUUAUGGAGCGACCCAGAAGAUACCCAAGGUUGGGGUGUUUCCCCGAGAGGUGCAGGCUAUUUAUUUGGAUCUGAUGUAGUCCAGCAAUUCAAUGCUGCCAACGAUAUAGAUAUGAUUUGUCGUGCCCAUCAGCUGGUGAUGGAGGGGUACAAGUGGCAUUUCAACGAGACUGUAUUAACUGUGUGGUCUGCACCAAAUUACUGUUACAGAUGUGGCAAUGUGGCAGCAAUAUUAGAACUCAACGAGCAUCUACAGAGAGACUUUACGAUAUUUGAGGCGGCCCCUCAAGAAACACGUGGUAUACCUUCUAAAAAGCCUCAAGCGGAUUAUUUCUUGUAAUUUUCAGCUCAGAAGUUUUGAAUUAGGAUCUACUUCAGUUAUAUUAGGUACCUAAUAUAAACCGUUCUAAAGUUAAUUUUUUUUUUAUAGUAGUUCUGAAUUCUUGUAAUUGUAAUAAUUGUCCUUUUUGUAAGAUAAUAUUGAAAAUAUUUUAAAAGACUAAUGAAAGGUAUCUCCGAAUUAAUUUAUUAACUUUUUAGUUUUUUUUUUUAUAGAUAUUCAUUAGGGUAAGAAAAGAUUUUUUUUUAUUCAUGUAAAAGUACAGGGUGUCCCACAUUGUAUAUUCUUGUUAAUCUUUCAACAUACAAGAAAUGUCAAACCGGAAGAAAAAAAAAAUGUCAAAUUAUAUCAUUAUACAUAUAAUGUAUUGAAAACAAUGAGGUCAAUAACGGACAACUUUUUCCUGAUUCUCAAAUUUCUAUUACCUAUUUUUAUAUGGGACACAUUGUACAAAUAUUUUUAUUCUUUGUUUUUUCAUGUGGCCUUCAUAAAACCAAAAACUGGGGGAUGCCUUUCAAAUUAUAUUUUAAUUUGCCUAUAAUAAGAUAAUUUUUUUAUCAAUAAAACCCCCUUUUAAUUAA